GGUGAAGGGUUCCGUUAACAGCGACGUUGUUGGUUAUGCCGGCGGUCUUGUCGUACACAUAGUCCGUUGUGCGCGUACGGCAUUCCUUUCGGGACCGCCAUUCUUUUGCCAUUCGCAAGAAACAUAUCGCGCCCGCACACGGUCGUUAAACGCAGCACGCGCGUACCGCACCGCAGCUAACCUGACCCCGUCGAGAUGAACGCGUUCGUCGAGCUGUUCCACCGGAUGGCCCUGCUCGUCUUCACGCCCAAAUGUUACGAAGUGCUGUUCGUCGACCUAGACUUCUUCAACGGUACUUGUUUAAAAUCUGCUCUCAGUAAAGGUCUUGGAUUCGGAAUAGUUGGUGGAUCUCUGCUAGUCAAGCUUCCACAAGUCUUAAAAGUAUGGAAUAGUAAAAGUGCAGUUGGUAUAAGUUUGAUAAAUGUUUGUAUGGAUUUAUUUGCUGUUACUGCAAAUGUUGUGUAUAGCUAUUCAAGCCAAUUUCCAUUUAGUGCAUGGGGUGAUUCAUUAUUCAUACUUUUUCAGACAUUACUAAUUGUGAUAUUAGUUUUGUAUUAUAACAUAUCUAAAAGGGCUGCUAGUUCUUUCACAUUCAUUUACUGUUCGUUAUUAUUUCUCCUUGUAUCUGAUAUUGUUCCAAAUUCUUUCCUAUGGAAUGCUCAGUUUAUCAGUAUUCCUUUAAUGUUCUUCGGCAAGAUGGCUCAAUGCUAUGUUAAUUUUAAAAAUAAGAGUACAGGACAGUUGUCGAUGGCCACAUGUCUUCUGCUAUUUUUGGGAUCAUCUGUACGUGUAUUCACAUCAAUACAAGAAACUGGAGACAGCCUUUUAAUAUGGAGUUUUGGUCUAGCAUCGUUUGCCAAUUUCAUAAUUGUUACCCAAUUUUAUUGUUUCAAAUCUGGAUCACCUGUUAAAACUAAAAAGAGAAACAAAAAGAAUAAAAGAUCUUAAAUAUUAUACAUUAUUAUAA